UAGAAACCGUAGAUUGAUCAAUACCAAACCUUAAAUUUACAGAAGGAACAUAAGGGAUAUGGGAAGAGGGAAGAUCGUGAUCCGAAGGAUUGAUAAUUGUACGAGCAGGCAAGUGACUUUCUCAAAGCGUAGGAAGGGUUUGAUUAAGAAGGCGAAGGAGUUGGCGAUUUUAUGCGAUGCAGAAGUUGGACUUCUGAUCUUCUCAAGCACUGGGAAGCUUUAUGAAUGUGCAAGUAACAGCAUGAAAUUAGUCAUAGAGAGAUAUAACAAAACCAAGGAGGAAAACCAUCUUCUUAAUCCAGCAUCAGAAAUGAAGUUUUGGCAAGGGGAAGUCACCAUCUUACGGGAGCAACUACAGAACUUGCGAGAAAACCACCGGCAGUUCAUGGGAGAACAGCUUGGCGGUUUGACUAUAAAAGAGCUAAAGGGUCUAGAAAAUCAAUUAGAAAUCAGUCUGCAGGGAAUUCGUCUGAAAAAGGAAAAAAUAUUGACCGAUGAAAUUGAAGACCUAAAUAAAAAGGGAAAUUUUAUUCAUCAACAAAAUAUGGAACUGUACAAGAAGGUUUUUGGCACAAGCGCUCUGAAUCUCGAAAGUGGAAGUGGUUGUAUUCCCUUUGGCAUGAGCACAAGUGAGGAGUCACAUCUCCCCAUCCACCUUCAGCUAAGCCGAGCUGACCAACAAACUUAAGAGGCACACAUAAGAGCAACAGAAUGGGGCAGUCUAUAUAUCAAAGAAGUGUGUGAGGAUUUUGGACAAAUGCUAACCCACUUGCCCUUAACAACAUACCUUAUGUCCCAAGCAAGUACAGAAGAGUGCUUUUCCGAUCCUUUUUUUUUUUUUUAUGGAGAUGAACAAGAAGAACAGCUCAACGAAACUUAUGAUACUGAUAUAUGUUUAACUAUAUAUGAAUUUAGUUAAAGUCAUCAGCAAAUGAUGGUUUUGGCUAAACUUUAGUUGUUGCUCUCGUCUUUUGACCGUUUGGUCCUUUGGAUUGGUUGUAUGUUAUGGACAAGCUAGCCCAUGCAUAGUCUUUAUUUUGUUCUAAUAAAACUUUAGCUACGACCAAAUAUUAUCAGCAGAUGACGGCAUGU